CGUUGGUAAACAGUAUAUACCUCCGCCGACCAUCGCCUUCAUUGCUGAAAUCAAGUACCUUCUCCGUUCCAAGAUUGUCUCACUUCCUCCGCAGCGGACUGUCUCUCGUUGCUCACAUCGGUUUCACUCGCCAUGGACCCCGAACAAUUCGCCGCCCGCUUGCGUACCUUCUCCGCCGAGCAAUCUAUUCAGGCGCUGUCCCGACCCGUAUCCAGAGACUCUAGACUUGGCCGGCGCACGCCGGUUCCGAUUGUUAUCCCGCCCAAAUACGAUGAAGAUGCCCCUCACAAGGGACUUGGUGGCGGCGUUCGUCACCCUGUCAGUCUCAACUCCGCUGCCAGCACCAAUGUCGACUCAGUCUUCUCACCUGGCAUGACCGAUGGCACUCAAACUCCUCUAACUUCACUUGGAUCUCCUGGUUUCCUUUCGCCGCUUGAGGACGAGUUCAGACGAAAGCAGAGCAUUGACGAUCUCAUCCGUACCGAAGACAGACCUCCAGUUUCUCCACUGCUCCACGCUGUUGACGAGCAAGAGUCCUCACCUACAUCGACCGUCCGACCUGCUAGCCAUUUGGAGAUCACCGAAUCAGGGCAGAACCUUGAGCAAGAGCUCGAAGCUGCACGGAUCUCGGCCUGGUCAUCCAGUUCAGAGGACAUCACCAACGCUUCCGAUUCAUCUUCGACAUAUUCCUACACGAGACAGUCCAUAGUGGCCACCAAACCCUCUCUCGUGAUCAGCGAAAUCCAAGAAUCAAGUGAACCCCCCACUCACACCUUCGAUCCUUCCUGGGAGUUUUCCUCGGAAGCACGAUUUCUCGAUCGGGCAGGUAACGACGCCAGAUCACGUCGAUCUCGACGCAGCUGUUCUCCCAGCGCCCGUGCUCCUUCGCCAGCAUCGUCCAUGCGCAACUCACGCGCAAUGGACGCUCCAAUCCCUGUAUCGUUCGAAGACCUGCCGCAGCGGCCAAUGACAUCCGCAUCGCGGGAGAAGAUCGCCAUCGAGUCAUUCGACGACGGCAAGAUCUUCGUUCCUGAAACGUUCAAUGCUCUCCCGCCUCCUCCUCCGUUGCAGCCACCAUCGAUGAGCCACUUCAGCUGGAGCAGCGCACGUCCCGCCAGCAGUGGUGAUGCUCAACCUUCACGCAGCUACCGCGAUAUCUUCCCAUCCGCGCACCAGCCGUCCGUGGCCCGGCCGACGCUCUUCGCUUACGCGCAGUCCCGUCACGAAUACUCCAAGGCCCGUCGACUCAAUUUCCACUUCCGCUCGCCCUCGAGCAUGGCGCGCCAGAACAUGCAGGUCGACCCGACCAACACCAACCCGAGCGUGUUCGCGGCGGAGCUCUACGGCGAGAGCGCCUUCGAGGGCCACAUGGCCGUCGAGGCGCCGAGCGAGAUCCAUCCCGCGCGCCAAUACCACUUCUACCCAGCACCGUCGCUCCAUACCCCUGGCGGUCGAUCGCGAAGCCUUUCCAGCAAGAGCAGCCGGGGGCGAAUGGGCGCCGCCACGCCUGCACCUACCACUCCGGGCAAGUCCUCCAAGACCGCCUUCUUCCAAUCAGCGUUCGGCCAAUGCUUCGGUCGUCGUUCAUAACACCGGUAGAUCUAUCAUCGUGUGAUCGAUCAACACAGUGAUACCUCUCUCGGCGGUCGCCUGUACAUCCUGCUGGACAGGGUAUACACAGUGCCGCCAGCCAC